AUGGACGAUAAUCCUGAUAGUGAUAAAGAAGCAUCAGUAAUACAAUGUGUGUUACCAAAACCAGAAAGAAGUGUUGAUUUACCGCGACCUCAUAAUAAGCAAUCAAGAUUUCUUGAUGUUGAUGACUCGAAAGCGGGUAUGAUAGGAUUAAACACAGAAAAAAUCAAUACAAUUAUUCAUGAACAUUCCAAAAAUUCAAAAUUUUUCAAAAAUCAACAACGUCGUGAAGAAGAAAAUCGUCGUCGUAUUGAGAGAAAACUGGAAACUCUAAAAAAUUUUACACCAUUUCAAAUUGAGCAAGCAGAAAAAUCUGUGGAUAAAUUUUUAUUUAAUUUGGAAAAAACACGUGAUUUAACGCGAAUAUUUGUACAUAUUGAUAUGGACGCUUUUUAUGCUGCUGUUGAAAUGCGAGACGAUCCAUCGUUACGUGAUAAGCCGAUGGCCGUAGGAGGAGAUGGAAUGUUGUCAACAUCAAAUUAUCUUGCACGUCAAUUUGGAGUUCGCGCUGCAAUGCCAGGCUUUAUUGGACGUCAAUUAUGUCCCAAUCUUGUCAUUGUUCCGUGUAAUUUUGAAAAAUAUCGAAUUGACAGCAGAAAAAUAAUGUCAAUUGUAAAUGAAUAUGAUUCAAAUUUUGCUAGUGCAAGUAUGGAUGAAGCAUACGCUGAUAUUACAGAGCAUUUAAAAAUGCGUUUAACUUUUUCGGAUGAACAACGAACUUAUCCUAAAGAACCGGAUUCAUCAGAUGAAUUUAUUUGUUUUGGUUUGAAUGCUGAAGAAACUGUUCGUGAAUUAAGACAUCGAAUUUAUUUGGCAACACGUUUAACUGCCAGUGCUGGAAUAGCUUGUAAUUUAAGAUUAGCAAAAUUGUGUUCGGAUAUAAAUAAACCAAAUGGUCAAUUUUUACUUCAGUCAGAUGUUAAUGUUAUAUUAAAUUUUAUUCGAAUUUUACCAGUAAGAAAGAUUAAAGGAAUUGGUAAAGUGACAGCAAUGCAUUUAGAAGCAUAUGGAAUUGAGACUGUUGCCAAUAUCUAUGAAAAACGUGGUAUUUUAAAAUUGCUUGAAUAUUCAACUAGUUUUGAAUUUUUGAUGAGAGUUUGUUGUGGUUAUGGGUCAACUGUCAUUGAACAUGAUGAUAUACAAAAAUCUGUUGGUCAUGAAACAACGUUUACUGCAACAGAUAAUACAUUAAAAUUAAUUCAGUUAUGUCGUGAUUUAUCAAAAAAAGUUGUUGAUGAACUUCUAUCAGAUAAAAUUGUUUGUAAACGUGUAACAUUAAAAUUGAAAACAGCUGAUUUUGAGAUAAUAACCCGAUCAAAAACAUUGUCGAAUUAUACUGAUCAGUUGACAUUAAUUGAAAACGUUGCUAUUCAACUAUUUCAACAAGAAGUAUCACAUGAUUUAGAAUUACCAAAAUUAAGAUUAAUGGGUAGAAGAAUUCGUGUACGAGUAGCUGAUUUGAAAUUUGUUGAAAUAAAAAAUGAUCAAACUAUUUUACAAUAUUUUCAAAAAAGACAAUCGUUAUCCAUCGCAUCAAAUGAAAAUGCGACAUCACAAAUUAUUGAUGAAAAUGUGGCAUCACAAAUUAUUGAUGAAAAUGAAGAUGUUAUUGAAGAUGAUGAUGACGAUGUUGAUGAUGUACAACUAGAUGCAACUACGAUAUAUAUAGAUAAUGAAAUAGUUGAAGUAAGAGAUGAAGAUGAAUCAAUAAGUACAACAAUAAAUUGUCCAGUUUGUCAAAAAGUGUUAUGGGGAGACAAUGAAAAAUUGAAUAAACAUAUUGAUCUGUGUUUAAAUGGCACAAUUGUUCAAACAACAAUCAAAGAACAAAAUGAACAACAUCAUCAAGAAAAAGCAGCAUCAAAAUCAAACAAAAGAUAUCGAUCACCUAGUGGAAAAACAAAAAGUUCAGUGAAAAAAAGUUUGAAAACAACAACAUCACCAUUAUCAACAGGAAGAAAAAAUUUGACUCUAGCAAUCAGUGACUAUUUUCCUACGAUAGAAACAAAAAAAUAUUUUUAUUGUGAAGGCUUAAGCAAUGGUAGCUAUCAAGUAACUGUACAGACAAGCAUAUUGAUUGAUGUAGGUUUCACAUACAUCAGUGUUGUUAGUUCAAAAUGUAUAUGGUAUGAUGGAAUUCGUGAUGGUUAUAAUAGAGUAUCGUACGAUGGUGAAGCAAAAGCAUUAACAUCUAGUCAAGAUCUUGAAUUACUUCAUGAAAUGUGUCCACAUAUUGACACAGAUAAAGAUACAAAACUAUGUUGUGAUCGAAAACAAUUGGAAGAAAUGCAAAAAUUUAAGUAUAUGAUUGAUAAUUUGAUUGGCCGUUGUCCAUCGUGUUACUAUAAUUUUAUGAGAAUAUUUUGUGAAAUGUCAUGUAAUUCAAAUCAAAGUGAUUUCAUUUAUCCGUUAAAUUUAUUAAAUGUAACAAAGUAUGAACAACAUAUACCUUCAGUUGAAACACCAGAUUAUGAUGAGGAACUCCAGCCUAAAUUUGAGGGUGAACCAGAUUAUAAAGAUGACGAAGAAAAUAAUAAUCAACAAUUACCAUCAAAAUCAUCAUCAGUCCAUGUCUCACAAAAACCAGUUGAAAUGAUCGAAGUUGUGAGUAAAAUAAGAUAUUUUAUAUCGGAAACACAAGCACAAGAAUUUAUUAAUUCGUGUUGGAGCGUUCGUAUAAAUUUUCAAUAUGCCAUCGAUAUUUUAUGUGGUGCUAUGAAUCGUGCAUGUGAUAUUAAAGCACUAUUUCAAUAUAUUGGGAUGAAGAAUGAUCAUGCUAAAAUAAAAAUUGAUUUCGUAUUUGUUAAUGGUUCAACACAUUAUGAUCCACAAUUAGAAAAAACGUUUACACCAUCAAAAGCAAAAAUGUUUCGUUGUGACCAACCUGUGACAUUACCACAUGCCCAAGGACAUAAAUGUACUUGUAUGGAUUGUACUGCCAUGUGUCCGGUUAUAGCUCCAGUAAAUAGUACAAUAACUGAAGAUUCGGGAAAAGUGCAAGUAUUCGGUGGUCAAAUACAUCGUGUCACAUUUAUUGCUAUUAUUAUGUACACCGUGUUUGUUCUCAUAUUUAUUGUUAUCCAUGUAUUGAUAUUCAUUUGGCAUUACCGAACAAACAAAAAGCGUACUGGUAGUAAAAACUUUCGUUCAAUUGUAAUGACUACUGGCAACGGUCAUGAUAAAGAAGUAAACGGUCACAUCAAAGCUCCAUUUCACGAUGAGCUGGCAUCAGAAAACUCGUAUGAAUCAGAACGUAUACGUUUAUUAGACCGUAUUGGAAUAAAAAUUGAUGAUGCAUUACACGAUGCAUUUACAGCUAUUGGUCGAUUUAGUGCUUAUAAUCCAAGAAUGGUAAUUACUCCCGUGUGCGUUAUUUUAUGUGUAUUGUGUUUUGGUUGUCGUUAUUAUACAGUGACAACAGAUCCCGUUGAAUUAUGGGUAGCGCGUAAUAGUCGUGCUCGCCAAGAAAAGACUUUUUUUGACGACAACUUUAAACCAUUUUAUCGUAUUGCUCAUUUAAUAUUGGUACCAAAAAAUAAUAAUACUGUGAAAUUAGCUUAUUUAACUCCAUUAGGAGCAGAAGAAACGCAUACAUUUGGACCGGCAUUUGAACAAAAUUUUCUCUAUGAUUCAUUAAAAUUACAAUUAGAAAUUCAACGAUUAACUGCUAAAACUGAAGAUGAAAAAAUAAUUUAUUUGAAUGAUACAUGUUAUAAACCACUGGAACCAGAUAAUAAUCAUUGUGCAAUAUUUUCAUUAUUUCAAUAUCAUCAAAAUGAUUUACAAUUUUUAAAUGAUACAGUAUAUGCGUCUCAAUACCUUGAAUGUAUUCAAGCACCUAUUACAUUACAAACAAAAACAUUUAAACGAAGUUGUAUGGCUGAAUUUGGUGGUAAUGUUGACCCAUAUAUGGUAUUAGGAGCAUUUCCAAACAAAGAUGGUGUACCUGAUUAUACAUUGGGUCAAGCAUUGAUAAUAACAAUAACCAUAAACAAUGAACGUAGUGGAGAUAAACUAUUGACAAAUGCUUUAUUAUGGGAAAAAGAAUUUCUUAAAUUUAUGUCAACAUAUAAAUCGGAUUGGUUUGAUGUUAAAUAUCGAGCUGAACGAUCAAUUGAAGAUGAAAUUGAACGAGAAUCACGUUCAGAUAUUAAAACAGUUGUUAUCAGUUAUAUGAUUAUGUUUCUCUAUAUUACAUUGGCAUUAGGACGAAUAAGAAGCUGGAAAAGUUUACUAGUUGAUAUGAAACUAUCGUUAGGUAUUGCUGGUGUGGCACUUGUGGCAGUAUCCGUUUGUGCUAGUGUGGGAAUUUUUUCGUAUAUGAAAAUACCAACAACAUUGAUCAUUUUUGAAGUUGUACCAUUUUUAGUUUUGGCUGUUGGAGUGGAUAAUAUAUUCAUUUUAACUCAAUCUAUUCAACGUGAUCACCGUGAACGUGAUGAAGAUAUUGAAUCUCAAAUUGGUCGUAUUGUUGGUCGUGUUGGUCCAGCUAUGUUGCUCACAUCUGUAUCAGAAUCGAUUGCAUUUUUUCUUGGCGCAUUAACCCCGAUGCCGGCUGUUCGAUUAUUUUCAUUAUAUGCUGCUGUAUCCGUAUUAAUUGAUUUUCUAUUACAAAUCACAAUAUUCGUUUCACUUAUUACAUUAGAUCAUAAACGUACACUUGCACAACGUGUCGAUGUAUUUUGUUUUUUAAAAAUGAAUGACGAUAAUGUUAGUAAAAAACGAAGAAUAAAUGAAAAAAAAUCAAGAACAUUAUUAUCAUGUUUAAAUUGUGGUGGUGAUCAUAAAACAAUUGAUUGUGAUCUAACACAAAAUCAAAAUAAUAAUAAUAAUAAUAAUGCUAUUCAUGAAGAUGCAUUAAUUGAAAAUGGAUUACUCGUUGACCCAACAGAUGACCAACAAAAAAUUACGACAAAAAAAUGUUAUGGUAGUGAUGAAUCGGUUGAAGAACAUUUGAUUAAAAUGGAUGGAUUUUUAUUUCGUGUAUUUAAAACAUAUUAUGCUCCAUUUAUUAUGAAUAAGUUCGUACGACCCAUUGUUUUAUUUCUAUUUACAACAUGGCUUUGUUUGAGUAUUGCAUUAUUACCACAUGUUAAAAUUGGACUUGAACAAAAAAUAACAAUGGCAACCGAUUCUUAUAUGAUUGAUUAUUUUUCAGCAUUAAAACACUAUUUUGCCGUCGGACCACCUGUUUAUUUUGUAGUUAAAAAAGGUAUUAAUUAUGCUGAUUAUAAUGCAAGUAAUUUAAUAUGUGGUAGUUCUGGAUGUGAAGCAAAUUCAUUAACAAAUCAGUUGAGUUUAGCAACACGCUCACCAUCUAUAACGCGUUUAUCACAAAUUGGUACAUCAUGGUUAGAUGAUUAUUAUGAUUGGUUAAGACAUCGUGGACAAACACCAUGUUGUCGUAUUAAUAAACAAAAUGGAGAAUUUUGUUCAGUUAAUACAAAUCUUAGUUCAGUAUCCCACUGUCGAGAAUGUACACCAAAUUUUACUCGUGAUAGUUUAUCGGCAAAUGAUUUUUAUAAAUAUUUACCAUUUUUCUUAAAAGAUAAUCCAAAUUUAAAAUGUGCCAAAGGUGGUCAUGCUGCACAUGGACAAAGUGUUAAAUUAAGAGGAAAUGAAAAUAUCGACGCGAGUCUGGUUAUGGGCUAUCAUAGUUUGUUAAUAACUUCAAAUGAUUUUAUUGAAGCAAUGCAACAAGCAUAUUCGAUAGCAAAUAAUAUAACAAAAACUUUACGUUCAGCUGGAUAUGAUGUAGAAGUAUUUCCAUACAGUAUAUUUUAUGUAUUUUAUGAACAAUACUUAACAAUUUGGCGUGAUGUAUUUAUGAAUUUAUCUUUAUCAGCAACAGCUAUAUUCAUUGUGACUUUUAUCUUGUUGGGUUUGGAUAUAAUUACUGCUGUCAUUAUCACAUUAACAAUCGCUAUGAUCACAAUAAAUAUGAUUGCAAUGAUGUACGUUUGGAAUAUUGAAAUGAAUGCCAUAUCGUUAGUCAACCUUGUCAUGUCUGUUGGAAUAUCACUUGAAUUUUGCGCUCAUAUAUGUCGUGAAUUUAUCCUAUCCGUAAAAGGAUCAAGAUUGAAAAGAGCCGAACAAGCACUAGCUUAUAUGGGCAGUUCGGUGUUUAGUGGUAUUACGUUAACAAAAAUUGGUGGCAUUGUUGUACUUGGGUUUUCUCAUUCACAAUUAUUUCAAGUGUUCUAUUUUCGAAUGUUCAUUUGUAUAGUUCUAUUUGGUGCAGCACACGGACUCAUAUUCUUACCAGUUUUAUUAAGCUAUAUUGGUCCAAGUGCGAAUCGUAUUCGUAUUGCACGCUUUCAUCGGCAAAAAUCUAGGACUAUAAAUGAUCAACAACAAUUACAAUCACCAUUUAUUGAUUUAACUUUUUUUCCAUUACCACAGACACAAAUAAUCAGUAAUAAAACAGAUGUAUCUGCGUAA